AUGCAGACAACACCAUUUCGUGUUACGGUUAGUAAUGAUAUUGUCAAAGAACUUGAUGAAGUUAUUAAAUUAUUCAAUAUUCAACUAGUAGUGAUAAAUGAACAACAAGCAAAUGGUUCAUUAUUAAAUCCUCAAAUAUUAGAACGGUUUCCUCCGAGUGAACGUCGUACAACAUCAUCUAUAAUUCAAUGGGUACCACCAAUACCAAAUUGGAAUCCAUGGAUAGCAUCAAAUAUUGAUGAGGGUCCAUUAGCAACAGCUACAAUGGAAUUAAUUAGUGGAGAUUUACGGCAUGCUGAACAAUGCAAAAUGGAAAAUGAAUUAAAAUGUCGUCUUCAAGAACGUCAAAAUUUACCUGUUUUUACUUAUCGACAACAAACACUUGAACAUAUUUAA